AUGGACACUGAUGAAAGAACUUCUCAACGUCCCGACGCGAUUCUAGCCUCUGGAGAGACACCCUCUUCGGUGGCUUCACGCUCCACCCCAGACACCCGGCAGCGGAAAUCGCGAAAAGUGACACGAGCCUGCGAUGCUUGCAAGUCCAAAAAGAAAGCGUGCACUGGGAACAUCCCUUGUGUUCCAUGCAUCCGUCGCAAGGUGGACUGUACGUACGACACGAGCUAUCAUCGCGGCAUCGCAGUGACUCCUCCCUCGUCCAACUCGCGCCCAAGACACGAUCCCCCAGCUCUCCGAAAGACUACACAGGAUGCUGAAAGUGAACCAACGACGCCAUAUGCCCCACCGGAUCGAAGACUCUCAACAGAUGUUAUCGAUCAGUACUGGGGGCCGACUUCAGCGCACUCGUUCCUGGACCAGGCAGUGCGCGAUCUCCCGGCGACCCAGUCGAAUGUGGUAUCGGGCUCGCGAGGCUCAGACCGUGCCUCGGACGCCUCUAUAUUCCACUUUGGUGACCGCAUCGCUCCAGAAGUCCAACUUGCGAAUUUUACAUGGCCGGACCGAGCAGAGGCAGAAGGUCUGGUCCGCCGAUAUUUCGAGUUCGCCUGUCCGACCUACCGGACAUUACACCAGCCAACAAUCGAGGGAGCGGUCAAUGAGCUAUAUGGAGAGGAAACGCGAUAUGUUGACCGCGAUUUGUUGAUCGGAGAAUCAUCCGCCUACUACGCCGUACUUUUGAUGGUUUUCAGCACGGCGACCAUGUAUCGUCCGGAUGCAAACGGUCGUAUAACAGACGCAGAUGAUGCUGGCUGGAAAACCAGUGAACUCUACUUCGUUAAAGCGGAGCAACUACUUUCCCAGGAGAUAGGUGCACCGAGGCUUGAAUCGGUCCAGGCACGAUUUCUCAUGGUACUCUACUUGUUGAGCACCUCGCGCGCGAACAAAGCUUGGUUCACGCUCGGUACAGCAAUCCAACUGAUGAUGGCUCUAGGGUUCCAUAACAGGCGCGCCAGAAAGGAUAACGACGGCAGAGAUCUCGUACAACGAGAGUGUCGCCGACGAAUUAUAUGGAGCUCAUACACUCUUGACAAAUACAUCAGUGUCAUUCUGGGGAGGCCGCGCUUGUGGCACGAUGGGGACAUGGACGAGGAGCUUCCGGCUCGAGUGAACGAUAUUGAUCUCUUACCCACAAGAAUCCAAAGCCCACAACGAGAUUGUGUAAUGGAUGCUCCAGUGCUUCACGCGCUGUUGGCUAGAACGCUCUCCCAGGCCGCAAAGGAGCCCUACGUAGUGGCUGGCAUCUCCAACAGAGACCAGCUCAAUACCAUCAGGGUCUUGUGCGCCAAUGUCGAUGAGUGGCAUGUUGGACUACCGCCCAUCUUGUCCGGAGAUAUUCACCCUAGCAGCCUAGUUCCGGUAUUCCAGCGUCAACUCACAGUCCUACAGCUGGCACGCUAUCACCUCCUCAUGUUUAUCACCCGGCCAUUGCUUCUUCGUAACUACGGACAGAUCUGGCCUGACUGUGAAGCUAGCUAUGUGCAUUAUCUUGGAAUUUGUUUGACCGCAGCCCGAGACGCAAUUGAGAUGGUUCUCACCUUCGUCCGUGAAAACCAGUUAUUCCACGCGUUCUGGUAUUCUCAGUAUAUCGCGUUCAAUGCUCUUUCUAUUAUAUAUAUCUACCUUAUUCAGGUACGACGUGGAAGAAUUAACCCCAUAAGCAACAGUUUCGGUCACUCAUCGGGCGAUAUCAAUUUGUCUUCUCUUGAUGAGCAAACUUUAUACAACCUAUCCGAGACGGCCCAAUACCAUCUUGCCAAUGCCACGGUGCGGAACUCACCAUCCUGGAAGUACAGUGCUAUUCUGCAAGGUCUUAGACGAGAGCUGGAACGCUUAGGUUUAAGAUCCCCCUUUGUCGAAAGUACCAGUGCACAUCCUGGGCCAAGUCAUUCCAGGAACCUCCCUUCAACUCUCGACCCCGAGAGCGACACCAGACCAAUGUCUGCUAAUCCAAGUCGUCGUCACUUACAAAAUGCGGAAGAAUUAACAACUGAUUAUUCGCUUGUCGAACCGGAUGAAACUUUCGUCCCAUUCUCUGGCGUGUCUCGAGAUGACGCUUACUUUGCGGAUCCGCGGACGGAGUGCUUAUUUGAUAGCUUUGCGUCGGAUAAAGACCUGAUGCUUGAUUUUUGGCCGCAACUCGAUAGUUUACCCAUUACCUAUAUGGGAUGA